AUGUUGGUAGAAAACAAUAAACCAGAGCAACAGAUAGUAGACGAAGAUAAUACUUUGCUAAUGAAGAAAAUAGAAGAUAAAGAAAAUGAAGAUUAUUUAAAACUCAAUUUUGAAGAAAAAAUUAAAAAUACAAUUGAUAAAAUAAUGGAGAAUAGCAAUGACAAUGAGUUAUCAAGAUUAUUUGGUUAUUUAUUUGGCUAUAAUUUAAAUGAUCAAGAAUUACAACAACAAGAAAAACAAAGCAAAAUGGAGCAAAUAGGUGACUAUUUACAAUCGCUUAAUGAAAUUGUUGCAACUCAUAGAUAUUCAAUAGAUUAUGUUAGGGUUCAAAAAUUAGUACACGAAUUGGCACAAUCUAGUUCAAAGGUUUUCAGUCUCACCGAUAGUCAAAGUAUAGAAUUUGAAAAAGAUCUUUACAGAUUAACAAAUUAUCUAUUAAAAAAGAUUUUAAACAGUUUCGGUAUUCAAGAGGAAAGUAAAAAGGACAAAAGUGAAAAUAUUAUUAAUGAUCAUUUAUUCGUUGAAAAUUACGAACAUCAACAACAACAGCAGCAAAAAGAAGAAGAGGAAAUAUCCAAAUCAAUGAAUAAAAAAAUUGACUCUAUAAAUACAAUCACUGAAGAUAAUAUUAAGCAGAUUGCUCAUCAAAUUGUUAGUUUGGCAAAUAGAAAUCCACAGUACUCAAGCACCAUUUUAAAGCUUUUGGACGUAGAAAAUAAAAAGGAGGUUGAUCAAGAAAAUACUGUUGCAUCACUCAUUAAGGUUACUUUAAGUUUCGCUAGAUCAUUUUUGACAUUUUUGGCCGCUUUUAAUGAAGAGGUUACCGAAGGUGAUUUAUUAGGUAAACCUUCAACAAAUAAAAACCCAAGCUGGCUCAGUGAAUCCACCAUGAAAGAUAUCCAAAGCUUAGCAACCAAAGAGUUUUUGAACCCAAGAACUAUAAUAGCCCUCAACAAAUUAUUUGUUCGUGAUUCAAAGCCAAUGAAUAAAUACCAAAAAGAAAGCCUAACUCAUCAAUUAAUAGAUCUAGGUUACUCUGUUUUGUAUGGUAAAAACUCUCAAUAUGAUAUCGAUACUGCUGAAGGUGUAGCAACUGUCAACAAACAACAACAACAACAAGAUAAAUUAAUUCAACAAAGUGUUAAUCAAGAAUUAGUUAACCGUAUUGUUAAUUUGGCAUAUGAAACUGAUGAAAAAGCAAAGGAGGAUAAUUUUGAGGGUCUCUUUUACCGUUCAUUAAGACUAUUUUUUGGUUUGUUCCACAUUGAUGAUUACCAAACCAAUCAAGCAGAAGACGGUAUUGAAGAAAAUGAAAUCAAGCAAAAUGCCGAAUUGGUUCCAGAGGAAUACAUGGAAAAGCAAGAAAAGAAUUUAAAUAAUGAUGCAAAUAUCGAAGAUGAAGCUGAUGGUGCAUACGUAUAUGAUUAUGACUACGAAAAUGAAGAAGCAGGAAAAAUCAAAUACAUAGCACAAAGAGUAAACAAAUUGAUCGAUAAUAAUCAAGAGGCCAAAAAUAAUGAAAUUAAAAGAGCAGAAAACGUUUUUAGAAUUCUUUACAAACUUUAUCUCUAUUACUAUGGUUAUCAAGAUGAAAACGAAUUGGAGCAACCAAAAUCAAACAAAGUCGUUGAGGAAUUAGAUAGUGCCAAAGUAAAAAGGGAUAAUGAAGAAUUAAAAUUCAUUCAAGAGGUUAUUCCAAUGCUCUCAGAAAAAGAUAUCUCCAAUGUUUUAUUAGAACUCGAUAGAGCUGCAAAUCAAUUAGGUUACAAAUCACAUUCAGUCGAUGAUGCCAAUAAUAAUAAUGAUAAUCAAUUAGAAAAAAAAGAAAGGGAUUUAAGUAUUUUUGAAUAUCAAUCCUAA